AUGAAUGAUUGGGAAGAGCCUGUAGGAGUUUAUCUAGACUUCACGCUGGCGUCCAUCCUUUCAGUGCAAGAAAAAUUGCAGGUGGUCACAUUCUAUUUCUGGAUGUAUGUGUACUGGGAAAAUGAAUUUGUCUCAUGGAAUCCCUUGGAUUUCUGUAACAUUACAAAUAUCACUUUGCCUGUGAACCUUUUCUGGACCCCAGACCUCUACAUAGAUGAACGGGCAGAUGAAGACAAGUUCACACAGAGCCCUUUUGCUUAUGUAUCAGCCGAAGGUUACAUUCAAAUGUUUCAAGCCUACCGACUGACUUCAUCCUGCAGUCUGGAUGUCCAUGCGUUUCCUUUCGAUCAACAAAAAUGCAACAUAAGCAUAAUGUCAUCAAUACAUUCAGAUAAGGAAAUGGUCAUCCUGAGCGCCAAAACUUCCAAGAAGGCGAACCAAGAUAGUCGUAAAAGUUACUUGGCCAGUGGGGAAUGGCAGUUUAAGGGACUGAGGAUCAUAGAGCACACCAUGGAAUAUGAUAUGAUUAACUUCAGGGCUGUCACUUAUGAGAUUUCUAUGAAGAGACGUUCCAUUUUGUAUGUGUUGGUUCUGAUCCUCCCAACUUUAACUCUCUUCUUGCUGGAUAUGGCUAUUUCUUUUGCAUCUGCCUCUCCUGGAGAAAAGAUUGCCUUCAAAAUGACACUGAUCCUUCAGAUCUCAUUUUUGUCGAUGAUUCUUAAUGAUAUGCUACCAGCAACAUCGGAUAAUCCACCAGUCAUAGCCACGUUUUUUACUGGGAUGUUUGUAUUUCUGGUCCUUGGUAUCUUGGAGAACGCUUUUAUACUCUAUCUCAAAGAGAAGAGACCGAAGUUGCCAUCCUUCAAGGGGAAUAAACUCAUGAAUAGAAUCCUGAGCAGGAAGAAAGAGGAAUGUGAGAGCCCAGCAACCCAUUUAGGAGACAGGUGGCCCAAAGAGAACCAGCCGGCAGAUGGAUUUCCCUUGCCAGCAAAAGACAGUGAAGAUGACAGCUUGGUGUUUCUGAAACAUCUGAAUAUGGAACUGCAACAGAUCAAGAAACAUCUCUCUCUAGAAGAACACCAGGAUGACCCCGAUUCAGUCGCGUGGGAUAAAACAAUAGUCCUUGUGGAGAAAGGGCUUUAUCACACCCGCCUGAUUUUAACUGUCAUAUUUUUAGCUGUUAUUAUCAUACAGUGGAUGCACUGAAUUAUAGAUUAUUGGCCUUUGUGGUGGAACAAGGAGCAUGGCAUUUUUGUAGACUAGAUCACAUAAUUGAUGCAUGUGAUACCAUUGCACUACAUAACCCCCAGUUAAGUUGUAUAAGGUCAGGAAAUGCCGUGGGACAGAAUGUCUAAUGCUGUUGGAUAUUAAAUUACUAACGUCAAAGCAAAUCAUUCUUGGAAAUAUGUGAAAACAGGACAAAAUUUGCCACUUAACUGAGUCUUGCAAAACCAACUAUUCUGAAGUACUGGUUCUCCAAGUCUUCACUGAGUGGCAUGUUUUCUGGCCUGGCUUCAAUGCAUGCCAUCCUUGGGCAGUUGCCAGGGCUUCA